AUGAAUGGGGAAAUCGAACUGGUAAGAAGUUCUACCGUUCAAAAAAGCUUUCUGAAGUCACCAUCAUGUAGACCAGCUCUCCAAAGUGCAGACCACCUCACUUCCUCAGACCUUUCCUUGUAUAGUACGACCGUUUCUCGAAUGUCAGAAGUCGUACGCUCUGAUCUCGAUCAUCUUUCUGAUAUUGGAAUUGGAAGUAACACUACACCUGAAACUUUUGAGAACGCUCGAAAAGAUCGUGACUUAUCCCGUAAUCCCCCAAAUAGCUCUGGCAUAAUUUUAACACCAGUGUCCUGUCAAGGGUGUCAAGUAUCUACACCUUUAACAGAAGUUUGCGACUCACUGUCUCUUGGAUCACAAUUGACUAGUUCUUGUGUAACUAGCUCUGAUGAUCUGAACAGAAACCAUUUUCUGUCUUUAAUAAAAUCAAACUCGGAACAUUUGGACAAGACCUCAUCGGCGUCAGAUGUAGUUGAUUUCGGGAAACUUGCGUAUGGUCGCCUUGAUGGACAGUUGUGCGAAUCAGAAUAUCGAAAUAAACUAAACAAAACACAUAAUUUGACUUCUAUUGUUGACCAGUUAACAGAUCCUACUUGCUUGCGUGCUAAUAAUCUCAGUGCAGAUUAUCGUUUAAUGAGAGCAGCAUUAGAAUCUGGUGUUACAACUGAUACGCUUACAGGUAUUAAUCAAAAAAGCGACACGAAGUGUAUUCAAGCUGAGUCGGACAGUUUAGACAUUUCACCUGAAUUCGGAGUACCAAGUAAUUUAUGGAACCACCGGAAUUGUGUAGGGGUUACUUCUGCAGACCAUAGCUUCUCAUUUGCCGGGGACACAAUUACGUCUCUUAUGUCUAACACAGAAAUAGAUCAAGAUAGUGUUUUAAAUGAUGGUCAUUGUAGUAACAUUUUCCCCACUGUUCACAGCAACACUCCCACUACUGCGACUGUUGCAGCUAAGCGCCCGAUCACUGGAGCUCAUCAAACUGCACGUUACCCUGCAGUUAAUAAAGGAGGUAUGUGGUCGAGUAAUUCUAAUGGGCUGUCAAACUCUGCACUUGGAUACAUGGUUUCCAAUGCAUGGAGCAGCAACGGCACCGGUGUUUCAGCAAAGUUGGGUAGUAGUCUUGUCACUGAUUCGAAUCCUCCUACAGUUUGUGAUUUUCCUGGAAAUGAAGGUAAUACGGUUUCGUGGUCUCAAAAUUCGUCAGUUCAUCAGACACUUCACAAACCAAACGUCCAGAACAUUCCAAAUAUGGUCGGACCUGUGGGUUUUGGUAGUGGAAUGGCUAACGGUUCCUUAAAUCGGACAGCCGUGUCCGUGGGUCUUGUAUCAGUAUCUACAACCGGCGUCAGUAUUACCAGUAACAAUAAAGUAAAUGAGGCAGGUCUUUCAAAUAUAUAUAGUAUGUUUCCUAAGCGCCCCCAACACCGAAUGAUGGCACAUUGGCAGCAACAGCAACAACAUCAUCAAAAUUCACAGCAAGUACCAUUAGGCAAAGGUCUUAUGAACAUUGUCACAAGUAGUAUUCAACUAAAUGGUAAUCGUGGUAGUUUAACUGGAGUUAAUUCCACCCUCUCAGCUCUACCGAAUGGUUGUGAGGAUUCCGGUGUGAAUAAUAGUGCUGGAAGCUUGAAUAACCACUCUAUCAUCCAGUCGCUAAACAGUGUUGGGUCAUCAUCGUCUGCAAAUAGUUCACUAGUUCUGUGUUCUUCUGGAGACUCUUUCACAAAUACCUUGUCAUUCAACAGCCCAACGUCGGAAAGUUCCUUAGAUAGUUUCAAAUACGGGUUAGAUCAACAGCUUAUGGAAGUUAUCAAAUCUUUUGAAAUCAGUAGCAUUGGAGGUUCUAAUUUAGUUCCUUCGAAUGCAAAUACCACAUCUAUGGGAGGGAUCGAUGAUUUAACAUUGUCAUCUAAUUUUGGAGAGGUAGACCAACAAAUACCUGGUUUAAAUUCUGCAAACCAAAUGCCUGUCUUAGGCUCAUCGUCGAUACACAACUCAACACCUAUGAUAAAUGGUUCAAAUAACCAAAGUUCAGGUUUUAAUAGUCUUUCUAGCUACAACGGGAGUUCAAUGAUGGGUUCAGCUGCAAUGACAAGCCCAUAUUCUAUGUUUGCAAAUAUUUUUACUCGUGAAGAAGGAUUUUCACGCAAAGUAUUCGUUGGAGGUCUCCCACCUGAUAUAGACGAAGAGGAAAUAACUACUGCUUUUCGUCGAUUUGGCCCUUUAAUAGUUGAUUGGCCCCAUAAAACUGAAAGUAAGGCAUAUUUUCCACCAAAAGGCUAUUGUUUUCUGCUAUUCCAAGAUGAACGAUCUGUUCAAAGUCUUAUUAAUGCUUGUAUUGUUGAUGAAGGAAAAUACUAUUGGUGCGUAUCAUCACCUACGAUGAAAGAUAAACCCGUUCAAAUUCGACCAUGGAACUUAGCGGACUCCGAUUUUGUCAUGGAUGGUUCACAACCAUUAGAUCCUCGUAAAACAAUUUUUGUUGGAGGUGUUCCACGUCCACUUAGAGCUAUCGAACUUGCCCUAAUAAUGGAUCGCUUAUAUGGAGGUGUUUGUUAUGCUGGCAUAGAUACAGAUCCAGAAUUGAAAUAUCCUAAAGGUGCUGGUCGUGUCGCUUUCUCAAAUCAACAAAGUUACAUCGCUGCAAUUAGUGCACGAUUUGUGCAAUUACAGCAUAAUGAAAUUGAUAAACGAGUUGAAGUUAAACCAUAUGUCUUGGAUAAUCAAAUGUGUGAUGAAUGUCAAGGUACUCGUUGUGGGGGUAAAUUUGCCCCAUUUUUUUGCGCUAAUGUUACUUGCCUUCAAUAUUAUUGUGAACAGUGUUGGGUACAGAUACACAGUCGUUAUGGUCGUGAAUAUCAUAAACCUCUAGUCAAAGAAGGAGCUGAACGUCCUCGUCCUGCACUUUAUCGAUGGUAG